AUGGCAUCUGCACAGAAGAACGGCCUCAGGUUAGAAUAUGUGACACCAGAGGACGCGGAAGCCAUUGCGCCACUCUUCGCCCUCUCCUUUCAUGAUCAUGCCUACUUCAGACGCAUGCUGCCCGACACGCCAGAAAGUCGUCUCGCAUGGGCAGAUAUGUUUCGUUUCGCAUGCAAAGAUCCAUAUACCAUCUGCUUGAAAGUCACGGACGAGAAGACGGGCAAGAUUGUCAGCCAUGGGCGGUGGGUGAAGCCUAAGAAAAAGGUCGAGGAUGAACAACCAGGACAUGAAGAAGAGAGAUGGAGUGCUCUUGAUCCAUAUCUUGAUAAAGAGACUGCCGAUGCUUUGUUUGGGUCAUUUGUGAGGAAUAGACGGGAGAUGAUGGAGGAGCGGAGACAUUNNUUUGUAAGUGUGGCCACAGCGGACUAUUGUGUCUAUGUACGGACUGACACACGCACUCAAGACAUGGAACUCCUCAUGACAGCUGAAGAGUUCAAGGGCCGUGGGGCAGGGGGAAUGAUCUUGGAGCAUGGAACUGCGUUGGCGGACGAGGAGCAGGUUGAAUGCUACAUUGAUGCUAGUCCAGCUGGAAGACCGCUUUACGAACGACACAGCUUCGUGUUUACCAAGCAAGAGAAGCUGCCCAUGGACUAUCACUACAACUUUGGAAUUAGGGAGCCAAAAGCGGAGAAAAAGUAG